AUGGGGUCCACCGAUAUUGAUGUAAUGUGUCCUGGUACGUCAGAGAAAGAAGUUCUGGCAUCUCAACCGAAUGGUUCUCCCUUAACACACAUUAGCACUAUACACGGAAGAAUGCUUCUGGCCGAAUUAAAUGUGCUGAGAACCGAUUCACGUUUAUGUGAUGUGGUUUUCAUAGUAGGCGGAACCAGGAUCCAAGGACAUCGUUUAGUUCUAUCAGCUUGCUCGAGUUACUUCAAAGCAAUGUUCACUAAUGAAAUGGUUGAAAGCCAUCAAAAAGAAGUUACUAUGUCAGAUAUCAGUGUGGAUGCUUUAGAGCUCUUAAUAAACUUUUGCUACACAGGUGAAAUAAAAAUCACCGAAGAGAACGUUCAAUCUCUUCUUCCAUCGGCCUGUUUGUUACAAUUGAAUGAAGUUCAAGUUGUUUGUUGUGAAUUUUUGAAAAAGCAAUUAGAUGCAAGUAAUUGCCUAGGCAUACGAGCCUUUGCAGAUACUCACUCAUGUAGAGAGCUUCUCAGAAGUGCUAAUAGGUUUACUCUGCAGAAUUUUUUGGAAGUUAUGAGUACAGAAGAGUUUCUAUUAUUGCCUCUAGAGCAACUUAUUGAAAUUAUUUCCAGUGAAGAGUUGAAUGUUAAAUCCGAGGAGCAGGUAUUUGCUGCCGUAAUUAAAUGGGUUAGAUACGACCUUCAUGAACGGAGGAAAUACUUAUCAAAGAUUCUUCAACAUGUACGCUUACCUCUUUGUCCAGCCAAGUUCCUUGUCAGUGUUGUUAGCGAAGAACCAUUAGUAAAAUCCGAUGCGUUCAGUCGUGAUUUAGUAGAUGAAGCUAAGAAUUAUUUAUUAUUGCCUACGGAACGGGUCAACAUGCAAGGACCGAGGACCCGUCCAAGAAAACCUGUGCAUUACGGCGAGGUUUUGUUCGCAGUUGGUGGAUGGUGUAGUGGAGAUGCUAUUGCUUCAGUUGAACAGCUAGAUCCCAGUAAACCAAUGCCUGUCUGGAAAACUGUAUCUCCCAUGAGUAAAAGAAGAUGUGGGGUUGGGGUAGCCGUGGUCGACGAUCUUGUAUAUGCCGUUGGAGGCCAUGAUGGUCAAAGUUAUUUGAACAGCGUUGAAAGAUAUGACCCUGUUACUAAUCAGUGGUUGUGUGAUGUAGCUCCAACUUCUACAUGCCGAACUUCAGUUGGGGUUGCUGUUCUCGAGGGAUACCUUUACGCUGUUGGAGGACAAGAUGGUAAAAGCUGUUUGAAUGUUGUUGAAAGGUAUAAUGCUCGUCGUGAUGAAUGGGAGAGUGUAGCAGCAAUGGGAAGUAGGCGUCUAGGAGUAUCAGUGUCUGUUCUAAACGGAUGCUUAUAUGCUGUAGGAGGCUCUGAUGGACAAACACCGUUAAACACCGUAGAGAGGUACGAUCCGAGAGUAGGUAGAUGGGAACAAGUAGGCUCCAUGUUAACUCGCCGUAAGCAUUUGGGUACAGCAGUUUUCGACGGUCAUCUUUAUGCCGCCGGAGGUAGAGAUGAUUCUUGUGAACUUAAUUCAGCUGAAAGGUACAAUCCUUACACUAACGAAUGGACUCCGGUUGUUGCGAUGUGCAGUAGGAGGUCAGGGGUCGCCCUAGCGGUUGUGAACGAAAGAUUAUACGCUGUAGGAGGUUUUGAUGGUCAAACUUAUUUGAAAUCUGUAGAAGUUUUUGAUAUUGAUGCUAAUAAUUGGCGUCAUCACGGUAGUAUGACUUACCGUAGACUAGGUGGCGGGUUAGGCGUAGUUAAAGCUAGGUACGAUGAUAAUCGAAAUGAUUAUCCUACCUUGCCUAGGGGUUUCCCUACUGAUCUCUGUUAA